UCGAAAUCCUAGUGCAUCUUCAGUAUUUAAACUCGGAACAUUGUUCAUUGUACUAGUCAGUUAUUUCGAAGAUGUACACUGAGUACAUACGUUGAUAUCUUGCUGUAAUUUCUCUUUCAAAAUUAGUUAAAUUUGUAUGUGUUAUUUGGCCUAAAGUUUCUAAACGUAUUAUUGAAAGAAGGAGAAAUAUUGCAAUGGCAGUUAAUAUCCUUGAUAUAACUUUCGCAAUAUUGGUCGGAUUGACUAUUUGGAAUUUAACUCAAGCUGCUCCGCAAUUUCCACAGCGAGGUUUCCAGUCGCAAAAAGAUGAUGAAUCGCCACAACCGUACGAUUUUCAAUAUAAAAUCGACAACCCAGCAUCACGAACGAUCUUUGGCCAAUCCGAAGCAGGAGAUAGCCAGGGAAAAGUAAUCGGCAGCUAUUACGUUCUUCUUCCGGAUGGUAGACUGAUGAAUGUAGAAUAUUCCGUAGAUGGUGAAUCGGGAUUUGUACCUAAAAUCACAUUCACCCCUCAAAAUGCCCCAGGAACACCAGUACCACCUCGAAUCGGAUGAAGCAAACAUUAAUAAAUAUGCGUACUUACCAAAAUUUUCUUAGCUUUAAAAAUGUAUAGAGUAUUAAUCAAAAAUUAAACGUUGCUCUGUUGUAAAUUA